AUGGCAAGUUGUGAAAAGGCGUCGCUCAAAUCCUGCGAUGAUUGGCCAAAUCCUCAGGGCUUCGAUACUUCCUACGAAGAGAGGACCCCCAUAGCGCUCACCGUAACGGGGGAGAUUCCUUCCUGGGCGGCUGGGACCCUUUAUCGCUCUGGAAUUGGCCAGGCAGAGAUCAACACGGAGAACAAUGGCACGUUUAAGACGAGACACUGGUUCGAUGCCCUUGCUGUUGUCCAUCGUUUCCAGAUCCUGCCGCCAAAUAAGGAUCACCCCAAGGUGCGGGUGAUAUACAACUCACGUAGCACUUGUGAUGGGCUUAUCAGGCAAAUCCAGAAGACUGGCGACCCAAGGGUGAUGUCGUUUGGGAGAAGAUAUGAUCCAUGCCGAAGUCUUUUCCAAAAGGUAACGUCUGUGUUCCACAAAGGGGGCGAUCCUGCGCCAGAUGAGGUUUCAAUGUCGGUUACUUUAUCGGUUGGGUUUCCCGGGAUGGAGAAGAUUGAAGGAAAAGACGGUGACAGUCGAUCGUCUAUGAAGAUACGAAACCUGAUUAACAAGACGGAUAACUCAAAACUUCAGGCCCUGGACCCAGAAACUCUUGAGCCCGUUGGCAUAGCUUCGCAAACAAUCCUACAUCCAGAUUUAAAGGGUCCUUGUUCGUCCGCCCACGCGAAGUCCGACCCGGUUACUGGGGAUGUGUACAACUUCAAUCUGGAAUUCGGUCGCGACCCGACUUAUCGUAUAUUCCGCGUGUCCGCCUCAACCGGUCAGACAUCAAUUCUUGCCACGCUACAUGCGGCCGCAGCCUAUAUUCACUCGUUUUGUCUCACUGAAAACUACGUUAUUCUUUGUGUCUGGAAUUCAUUCCACGUCGCCGGCGGCUUGAAGGUACUCUGGACCCGAAAUAUAGUUGAUGCAUUGUCGUAUGAUUCAACACGACCUGCUCGGUGGUAUGUUAUCGAUCGCCGUCCGCCAGAUGAAGGUGGGCGGGGGCUUGUAGCUGUGUACGAGAGCGAUGCGUUCUUCUGCUUCCAUACUGCCAACUCCUAUGAACAGCCCUCCUCUUCAGGCAAGGGAAAAGAUAUCGUUGCUGAUCUAAUUAUAUACAAUAAUAUCAACUGCCUAACACAUUUCUACCUCGAAAACCUCAUGUCUACAGCCUCAUCGGCCUCACCCAAACCUGCGCACCUCAGUUACACUACGCGGUUGACCAGAUUCCGGCUUCCAUGUGUUCCGGCGGCAGAAUCAAUGGAUAUCAAGUCACCAAGCAGAGCUGUGAUUGAAUUCCAAACCGAUCCCGAUGAGAUAUUCGAACUUCCGACUCUUAAUCCCCACUACGUUACGCAUCCACAUCGCUACAUAUACGGUGUCAGACACACAAACAACUCUACUUUCUUCGAUGGGCUUGUCAAGUACGAUACGGUAACACAUCGAAUUACGGGUUGGAACGAGCAUGGUCAGAGUGCGAGUGAAGCCAUCUUUAUCCCGCGUAAGUCGGAAGACGGCGCGGAGGAAUAUGAUGAGGACGACGGUGUUCUGCUCUCAGUGGUUCUCAAUGGGAACACAAACAAGUCCUAUCUCUUGGUUCUUGACGCGAAGACCAUGACAGAGGUUGCGAGGGCUGAUACCAAUGGAGCGAUUGGAUUUGGCUUUCAUGGGACGCAUGUUCCGGAUAUCGGUGGGAAAGGAUUGGAUUUCUAA